AUGGGCCGAUCAACGCUGAUCUCCCGGGAUGCUACUUCUGUUCUGGCGCCGCCUGGUGCCACUUCCGGCCCUCCGGCUGCCCGUUCUUCUGCUCCUGGGGCUUGCGUGCCGGCGCUCCGGUCUGGGAGGCUCUCGGGAUUCAAGCUCAGCAAGAGGAAGGUGGCUUACACCACGGUGGACCCGCCGACGCCUGUGACAAAGAUGAGGAAGGAGGGGGCGGUGGUGCCGCCCGAGACCAACCCACCUGCUCCGUCGGAGUCUCCCUCCGUGGAGAAGGGAAGCAUUGGUGCUCAUGUCUCUCCGGCUCGGUCGUCCUCACAAGGUAUGGGGGAGAACCCUCAGGAGUCAGCCCCCGUGACCUCGCGGGCUCCGGAGGCACCAGCGUCCGGCUCGGCUUCUGAAGCCUCCAGGGCUCAGGAGCCCCCAGUCCUCCAGGCAGUGGUGACAAUACCUUCUCCUCUGCCUCCUACUGUGUCGCUGAUCCCAAGUCCUUCUGCCUCCCCUGACAUUUUGGAGCGCACCCUCCUGGAGAUGACCCGGCUGCGCGAUGAUCUUCAAGGCGCCGACCCCCUCCUGGUGGCCGGGCGUCUGGAGCUGGUUUCUGUCUGGCUCCGUUCCGAUGUGUCCGUUCGGGCGGCACUGAGCCAGGCCGUGGCUGCCUCGAAGAAGGAGAAGCAGGCCGCCGCCCGGGCAGCGGCCACUCGCGAGGCGGCGCUGAAGGACGUAGAGACCGCCAAGAGCCGCUGCCAGGCGCUGGAGGCCGAGCUGAAGGCCCUGUGCAACAAAUGCGCAGAGGAAGCCCGUGGCCGUCAGGCGGAGGAGGAGAAGAUGCAAGCCCGGGAGGACGGCAUCAUGGGUCGCGACGCCGAGCUGGAGCAGUCGGCGAAGGCGCAAGCCAUUGAGCGUGGAAGACUGGAGGAGCUGGAACGGAAGGUGAAGGUGGAGCAAGCCUAA